GUUAUAGGGAUGAACAUUAAGGGAUCACCUACCUCAAUUGAACUAUUUGGAUUGCAAGAUGCUGUUGGUGACAGUCAAGAUCUGUUUGAUGACUUACCAGACAUCCCUGUCACUACUCAAAAACAGUUCACUACUCCCAACAAGAAGAGGCCUUGCUUUCGUUCUCCUCAUCUCAGCUCUGGUAGAAAGAAUGACCUUAUCUCGCCACUCUCUGCUGCCAUAUCAAAUUCAGUGCAGGGAAUCUAUUGUAGUCAAGAGAUAAAAGAUCAGGACAGCAACUUGCAAGGGGAUAUCUGGAACACACUGAGAACCCUCAAAGACAAGACAGAUAUUCUCCUCCCUUACAAUAUAAAGAAUAUUCUGCAUGGCAAGUGUCUGUAUAGAGGGAAAGUCGCCCACAUUUCUGCUAUUAUUAAGUCUGUGGAGGCAGUGUCCCACAAAGACACAUCUUUUAUUCUACACGACAAUACAGGUGAGAUAAAAGCGGCAGUACACAGUAAAGUGAUGGAAAAGUACGGAGCACUACUAGAGCCUGGUGCCGGACUCUUACUCCGACAGUGUACUAUAUUCUCCUUCAUAUCAGUACAGAAAUAUGUUAACAUUACUCUACCGAACGUUGUUCACAUUUACAACGCCUCAAGUUUACACCCAGAACAAGGGAUCAUUGACAAGCACAUUUUGGAGGUAUCGGAGAUUAAUGUCCAGAAAGAGCAGAACCCUGACAUGGAAAAUCAGACUCCAAACAUAACACUGAACACACCAAACCGACCCCCUCCACCUCGACCAUCUCGUAAUAAUAUAUCCAGAACAACUACACCUCAGAACAAUUCAAGAACAAACAUUAUGCAGAACAACUUUAGAACAGACACUCCGCAAAACAAAACAAACCCUGACAAUGUGCCUUACAACCCUGGAAACAGAGCUGGGACUCCUGCAAAUCAAACUCCCCAAAAGACAUGGACUCCCCAACGAACCCGAUUCCAGCAGAAAAAACAGACCUCUCAGAAGAGUUCGAGCGGACCAAACUUGCAAUCCCCACCAAGACAUCCAGUAUACAACGCAGGAGCAGCAGGGGUGGGGCCCGCCACACCUGUUCAGGGGAGCAGGAAGCGGAAUAGCGGGGAGGCGGUUGGUUUUAACAGUAGUGGGAGAGGCAGUGGGUGGUAGUAAGAGGACUAAAACGACUCCACCUCCUUCUAAGAAUGGGGCAGCUGGCAGCAGCAACAUCUCUCCUAAAGAACAAGAAGAGAUAGCGAAACUGUUAGAAGAUAUCGACGACUCCUUCUUUGACGAUUUCUGACAAGUUUUGACGCAAAAGAUCUCUAGGAUACAAUUUAAAACAUUUUAUAACUUCUUACGAACUGUAAUUUAUUAAACGUUUUGUAAACAAGCCGGGAUUAAUUUGCCAUUUUUUAUCAUGUCUGUGAGUAAUUUUGUGCAACAAACUUUCUGUCACACAAUUAUUGCAUGCCAGUAUUAUAAUUUGUUUUUAGCUUGACAAAACUAAGCCCACCUUGCCAUUGACUUACACUAUCAUAAUAUUGAGCUGUACUAUUCGCAUUAUUAUAUGACCAAUGUACGAUGGCCAGACGUUAAUUAUACUCGCUUCAAUGUAUAAUGGUUCAUGUACUGUACACUAUGGUUUUCGUAAUUGAUAUGUCAAGCAUGGGUAAAUACUUUCUUUGAGUCAAUUUUGCUAAUGGCUGACCACAUUGCUGUUAUAUAUUCUGAUGUUGCAGCCAAAAGAACAGCACCAUUUUUCGAUUUGUUGUUUGUUGCUUGUUGAGUCUAAUUUAGGUAAAUACCUUAUUGAAGUUUGGUUGCAAUUUUUAGGGCAAGACCGCUAAAAUAUCGCACUUUUUGCAUUUUAAAAUUUAUAUUUAAUGAAGGUAAACAAAAACGGGUUUUAAAUUUUAUUUAAUGUAUUAGCGUUAUAAUAAAUGACAUGAAUUUUCUGAGUUUUCAUUUUAAAUUUACUUGAAGUUGAAUUAGAAUAAACGCGUUUGUUUUUAACAAUUGUUUGAUCCAUUCAACAUUAUAAUCUGUUUAUUGUAUUUCAGCUCAAUUUAAAUAUUUUUCAAACAUCUGAGUAAUUGUAUUAUUUACUAAUCGGGAUCCAUCUUUCAACCUUAAAAACUGCUCCCGAAAAAUCAUCUGAAUUGUCUCGGUGAACACUGAACAUAGGAGUGAUAUUUUUUCUCACCUUCAUAAUCAGUUAAUUAAAUUACAGUCAAUUAAUUAGUCAAUUAACCACCACAUCCGCUAGAAAGGAGACAAUAUGCCGGGAGAACAGCUUGACAUGACGAAGGAGGAGAUGGAGAAGAUAACGGAAGCUCUGAAGAAAGAAGAAUUUAGAAAAUUGCUUGCAGAUUAUGCAGAGGAGUUGGCUGACCCUGAAAAACGAAAAUUAUACGAGGAUGAACUAACCACAUUGGAAUCCCAACGCGGUGUAGACAUGAAGUUUAUCAAACCUACCCCUGGUUUCGUGAUAAAGAUGAACGACAGCGAGGCUAAAAAAGCCUUUAUAAACGUGUGUAGCUCCCCCGAGAUAGCGCCCCCUGAAUUCCAGUACGCGGAGAAGUCAGAGGGUGAUAAAGUUGAGAAGGGUCAGCAGUGUUCUCUACCCUACAGUCUUUCACCUUCCCAUGUUGAAAAGGAUAACAAGGAUGUCGAGUGUGAUGUGUUUGAUGUAGUUUUCAAUCCUGAAGUUAUCACCCGGUGUUCCCAUCCCAAGUUUAAAGACAUGGUCGUGGAAACAGCAAUCGACGGGGUAUGCAAUAACUUUAAGGUUACUCUCGACAGAGGUUCAAAGAAGUUCCCAAAGAUGAAGUUCAAAGGGACUCCUUCUUCCUGUGUCAUUAGAAAGCGUGUUGGCGAGGAGAAACCGGAUGCGUUUGAUCACCUCGGAGGACGGCCUGCUUUUCCUGAAAUUCCCGGCGAAAAGGAGAAGAAAAAAGAGAAGAAAUUAAGUAAAGCAGAGGAAGAAAAGAAGAAGAAACCGUCAGAUGAACCUGAAUAUAAGAUAGUAUUUAGAGAAGAUGUGAACAUGGGCAACUUUACCAACGACCGGGUUACAAGUGGCGGCAGACCAACUCAAACCGUCGUUACUUUUUCUCUGCCGCUCCACGCCUCUGCCAGGGAUGUUAAUCUAGAUGUGUACGCUGACUUCCUCGAACUACAUUCCAAGCAUUACAAUCUCAACCACCUGAAUCUACCCUACAAAGUUGACUGUGAUAACGGUAAAGCAAAGUUCGAUAAAGAGAAGAGAGAACUGGUAGUUACACUAGACGUUUUACCACAGGAAAUAAACAAGGAAGACUAUUCAAAUUUUCCAGAGUCAAGUCUUGUGGAGGAGCUUCCCAAACCUUCAGAGUCAAGUCUUGUGGAGGAACUUCCCGAACCUUCAGAGUCAAGUCUUAUGGAGGAGCUUCCAGGACCCUCUGAACCACACGAACAGACUGAAAGCUCAGACUCUAAUAACUUACCUGAUUCCGAACCUUCUACAAUAUCCGAGGAACCGUCAGUAACGGAAAACACGACCACUUACGUAGAGGGGCCAAGUUUAGCAGCAAUAUCGUCCAUAUCUGUAGAACAAACUGUACAGGAGAACGGGAUAGAACAUAAUUUACAAUCUGCAGUCAAUGAUAUAGAUAUAGCGUCCUCUUCAGAAGUCUCAUCCAUAGAGAUAGUACCAUCAAUAGACAGUUGUAAUUCUGAAAUGUCAGACACUUCAUCCACAGAGACAAACCUCGAACAUAUUCCGUUUGCUCCUCUAGACGAAGUUCCUGAAUCUAUAGAAGUUCCCAGAUGUAGUAUAGACCCAGAGAAUAUGGUAGAAACUUCUAGCACACCCGACAACUCGUUCAAGCCAAUAUCACCUGAAAUACCAGACCAAUCCCCUCCCUCACCUCCUUCAGCUCAGUCCUCCCCUACUAACGGCUCAUCUGACGACUCAGAAGUGGCUAAAAUAACUGAGGUUAAAAUAACUUUUAGUGAAGACAAAGAAACGUCAGAAGCUCCGAAGAAACCGGCCAGGUUCCGGAGUAGAUUUAACGUAUCACCCGUGCCGUGUUCUGCCACACUUUGUAAUUACGGAGAUCCCAAAAAUUGCAAGGAGCCGAAUUGUGCAGGAAUAAGUGAAGCAGAGAAGAAUGACUUUGAAAACAGAGAUUUAACCAUCGUUGAUGAAGGUGGUUCGAUAAACAGUGGACUGAGCUCUUAUACGGACUGCACUUUAGAAGAUAAUCUCAGUGUAGGAAUUCGAGUGUUCCAAGAUAUGAGCACUGCUACAGUGCUGUUUGAUACUGUGUACAACAGUGUUCCUGAAGUGAAGCUAUCUGGCAAGAAGGUUUGGCUGGAAAACGAGGACGUUUCACUGUACCUCAUCCUACCCCAUACAGUAACUACCUACACCAUCGACAUGUCAUAUGACAACGUGUGUUUUGUUCUUUACAAACAACACAAAUCUCUCUGGUCAGCCAUACACAUAGGUCACUCUGAGGAUGAGGUAUUCCCAUUUAAGUUUAUAACUGAGGAGAAUGCUGAUUGGAUAGUGCAAUCGUUUGGAGAUCCCUGGGAAGAUACCAGCUCUGCCAGCAUUACUCCUCAUGUCAGUACAUCUGACUCUGGAACCAAGAUCACGUACACAGUCGGCAACCGACCAUGUGACAUUCCUAUGCAAUACUCACCGGAUUCAGACGGUGAUGAUCCGACCCUUAAAGGAAUCCUCAAGUCCCCUCACUCUCCUCCCCCUCAGUCUCCCAGAUCUAGAAAGGUGUCGUUUAACGAGGAGGUUGAGACCUUCGUGUUGCCUAGUAAGAGAAGUUUGAAGGGAAAGAAGCGGAGAAAGAACAAGAAUGGUAGCAGCAGUGCUAGUGAGAGCUCUGAUGAUGCUUCAUCCCCAGUUACUACCAGUCCGAUACAAGAAAAAGACAUGCUGACAUACCACAAGUCCUCUCAAGACGAACCAUCUAACUCUACAGAGGGACUGAUACUAGAGUCAGCAGAAGAUGGCUGGAACAAUGUAACUAGCAAGAAGAACAAGAAGAAGAGUGGAGGAGGAAAGAGCAGUCAGAGUAACGAUGAUAAGGAGAAUGUUAUCCACACUCAGAGUGAGGCGGUAAAGAUAUUGGACCCGGCCGGAGCUUCUAGUCACAAAAUGCUGCUCGGAAACUCGCACAUAUACGAGCUGGAAGAUUAGUGAAAGUAGCUGGGAUCUAGAUAAUAUCUUUGUAAUGUAGCGAUAGUGAUAGACGAUCAUAGUCAGAAUUAAAUAAUUAUUCAGUAAACUGUACAGUAACUUAUUGUUAUAGUUUUGUUGUGUCUGUGCAGCAUGAUGUUUGGAUGGUCAGGUGACCUCAGUGCCCUGGAGACAGACGUUGUGAGUGUUUUUGAGAGUGAUAUAUGUAACUGUUACCUGUGUGUAACUGAUAACUGGGAUCAUUGCCAACAGACGCUAGGUUAUGCUUUGUAUUUUUCUAUUUUGUAUUUGUUUUCAAACUUGGUGUGACAUAUUAUGGAAUUUCCCUUUUCGUUGAAGAUGAAAGUCUGCUAGUUUUCUGUGAUUUUCUGGUUACUCUAAGAAAUUCCGAUCGGGUUGAUGAUUCAUAUUUUACUAUGUUUUGACCUGGUCUAGAGACUGUGCAGAUGUUAUGUUAAUUACCGCUUAAGUUCUAGUUUUGAGUCAUAGCAAAGUUUUGAGAAGUGGUAAUGUCGACAAUACUUGUCGGUUAUAAGAAUUAUUUCGUAUUAUUAAUAUGAUAUUCCUAUUGUCAGACAGUGAAUAGUGUAACUGUUAAUUUAUAUUAGUUAGUAAAGAAUAGCCCUACAAAUGAAACUGUCCCGUAAUAUUUGGAUUUUAGUUGAUUGACGAUGCUGUAAGAUAGUUCGGGAGAAUUGCUAAAAGGUGUUAUAUUGCUACCACCAUCAGCUUUUAAAGGAAACUUCAUGUGAUAUUUUGAGAGAGAGUGAUAAUUAAAAAUGUUUUCACUUGGCAAAGUUA